CUGGGACCAGCAGUCGUAGCACGAAGCUGAUUCACGGUGGAGUGCGUUAUCUCCAGAAAGCUUUUACAAAUUUAGAUCUUGAACAGAAUGGUGAAAGAAGCGUUACACGAAAGGGCAAAUCUCCUAGCCAUAGCCCCCCAUCUCUCAUAUCCUCUUCCAAUAAUGCUUCCUAUAUACAAAUGGUGGGAGCUACCAUAUUAUUGGAUGGGGAUAAAGAUGUAUGACCUGGUGGCGGGUAGACAGAAAGUUAAGUCAAGCUACUUUCUCUCCAAAGAAAAUGCUGUUGAAUUGUUUCCAAUGCUUAAAAAGGAUAAAUUAUGUGGUGCCUUUGUGUAUUAUGAUGGGCAACAUAAUGAUGCAAGAAUGAACAUAGCAAUCGCAAUUACAGCGGCAAGGCUAGGAGCAACUGUAGCUAAUCAUACCAUGGUAACUAGUUUGACAAAGACGAAAGAAGAAGAUGGAAUAGAGAGAAUUAAUGGUGCAAUAGUUAAAGAUUUAUUGAGUGGAAAAGAGUGUGAAAUUAAAGCAAAAUGUGUAAUAAAUGCUACUGGACCGUUUACUGAUUCCAUACGCAAGAUGGAUGAUCCCAGUAUUCAGAAUAUAUGUCAGCCUAGUAUAGGAGUUCAUAUAGUUCUUCCUGACUAUUACAGCCCAGACAAGAUGGGACUGUUAGAUCCUUCUUCAAGUGAUGGUCGUGUGAUCUUUUUUUUACCAUGGCAGAAAACUACAAUUGCAGGCACUACAGACCGUGCCUGUGAAGUUACCCUCCAUCCCUCGCCUACAGAAGAAGAUAUUCAGUUUAUCUUGAGAGAAAUAAAGAACUACUUAAGUGGAGAUAUAGAAGUUAGAAGAGGAGAUGUACUAUCAGCAUGGGCAGGAAUCCGACCUCUCAUCCUGGAUCCGAAGAAAGAAAACACAGAGUCGAUUGCACGUAAUCAUGUGAUUCAUUCGAGUGAUAGUGGUCUUGUAACAAUUGGAGGUGGAAAGUGGACUACGUAUCGAGUCAUGGCUAAGGAGACGGUUGAUGCAGCUAUCAAAGCAAGCAACUUAAAACCUAAAUAUGAUUGCCAAACUGAUGGGCUGCUACUGGAAGGAGCCCAUGGCUGGUCACCAACCAUGUUUAUACGACUUGUUCAAGAUUUUGGUCUAGAAAAUGAGGUUGCCCAGCAUCUUGCUAACACGUAUGGGGAUCGGGCUUUCACUGUUGCUAAAAUGGCAAAUCUCACAGGGAAGCGUUGGCCUAUAGUUGGACGAAGAUUACAUGAGGAAUUUCCAUAUAUUGAAGCUGAGGUUCGAUAUGCUCUCAGGGAAUAUGCUUGUACUGCAGUGGAUGUAAUAGCCCGUCGACUUCGGUUGGCUUUUCUGAAUGUGCAAGCAGCUGAGGAAGCACUUCCAAAAAUCAUUUCCAUCAUGGCUGAAGAACUUCAGUGGAAUAAAAAUGAACAAAAGCAUCAGCAUGAACUGGCUCUAGAAUUUCUACAGCAGGAAAUGGGACAGCAAGUAAACAAAGCCUCAAGACAGAUGGCUCAAAUCAACUUUACCGGAGAGGAAAUAAAAAUGUACAUUAAACAAUUCCAGUCCAUAGACAAAGAAAAGAAAGGUUUCAUUAGUGUGAAUGAUCUCAGACGUACUUUGAAGAGCUCUGGUGAGAAGAUUCCCGAAGACACACUUCAUGAAAUUCUAAACGAGGUGGAUCUAAAUAAAAAUGGACAGGUGGAGUUAGAAGAAUACUUAGAGCUGCUCAUCUUUGCUGGCCUUUGGAGAAGAUAGUUCAGGCUGGGAUGU